AUGCUGAGUGUUGUUUUGGACGGCAAUGUGAUCACAUCAUUCCAGAACUGUCUACUCAAUGGCAUCGCCAACGUAGAGCCUAGUGUUGAUUUACAAUACUUCGCUGAUCAUGAAGGCCCGCUUUCCGCCAAGGAGUUCAACGAGAUCAUAUGUUUCGCUUCGCAACAGCCAAGCUCGGAAUCCGUCCGCAUGAUCUUGGAGCCUAUGACUGACGUCCUCACUCAUGUCUGCUCGAAGGAGAAGUGGCUUUGUCACCAGCAAAUGUCUGAUGGCACUGGACAUUGGUUUGCUGUGGUUUUCGAGGAAUCCGGUGAGGUUCGGCUUGUUGACAGCACUGCAGGUGCACGUAGACUGUCCAUUGCUGCAGAUGGCCUGGCAUCCUUGUGCUGUCAACUUUCUGGGUUGACAUGGUUUCAACUUCGGAACAUUCCCCAAAGCAUUCCCAUGGACAACGAUCGUGCCUACAUGCUUGAGGGUACUGCGACGGGUGUUCAUGAUGAUUUCCGCGUUUCCUUCCGAACGCCCUUGCAACACUGUGUGAAGUGUCAGUCUACCUUAGAAGUUGAGCACAUCCCCAUGCGCUGCACGUCGAAGUCUUGUCGCAUACGACAUUUGUACAACUACAGGAAACAGGGUGGCAAGAAGCUUAACACAAUGCAGCAUGAUCAGAUGGACGUCAUCUUUGUCAACAGCAACACCGCCUUCGCAAAGGAGUUCCUGGAGUACCAUGAUGCACUCCAGUUUCGCGGCUGUGUCAGCAACAAUGCCAUUGCAUGGGCACAACAAGAGGUCUUAUGGCAAGAUGAGAACGAGCAUGCGAGCUGGAAUCAAGCGUACAGUAUCGCCAGCUUAUACUACUACAUGAUCCGCGAAGCUGAGAAAAUGUGGGCCCGAUCAACACACGCCAAGGACAAGCUCGCCGCCAUCGACCUGGACAAUCCACUCACCGACGCAUUCAUGGCGGAUUACACUUCUUGGUGGCACAAGCAUCAGCUGACGCGCACCGAGCACAUGUCCAUCCGGGAGAUUGUUCUUGAUGGUCAUGAGAAAGUGGCCACGAAAUGCUCCGGUGUGGCCCUGGAUGUCCUUCAUCUCGUGGCGAUGAGGUCAUCACAACUGGACUGCGUCGUUUAUGACAGCCAUGCUCCUGGCUGUCCCUGCUCUCCCCUGCAGCACAAGACCUUGAAUAACCGCCUGGAGGGCAUCAACACCUCCAUUGCCGAGCAAACCUUUGCUUGGUUUCGCGGUUAUGCCUCGCAGUUCAACACAAAGUCGCCACGCUCUCACGCGUUCUACGUCUUGCUGUAUGUGCAGAGGCACAACGACUUGACUCGUCAAGGCUACCGCAAUCAUUUGAACCCCUUCUCCGCCAGGAAGCAAGCUGCUAUGACAAGCGGCUUGCUUAAGCGCCCAGCUUGCAAGAAGUACACAUGCAGACGCCCAGCAUCAUCCCCACGAGCGUCUUCUGCGACUGCCAAAAGCGCCUUCGCGGACAAGAAGACCCCGUCCACCCAGGUGAUCAAGCGCCACGUCAAGAAGACCCCUGCCACCAAGAUGAUGAAGCGCAUCGUCAAGAAGUGA